AUGGGAGCCAAACAGAGCAGCCCUGCUGCUAACGGACGGAUGAGGGCUUACUCGGGAUCAGAUCUGCCAUCAAGCACAUCAACUAGUAAUGGAAACAGCCGGACUGCAGCCAUGGGUAUGAGAUACGCGUAUGGCGGCACGGCCCAUGGAGCUUCAGGUGCCAGUGCCACCUCGUCUCACCACAUCAGCUCCCGGACGCGCUCCGUCGGGGGCAGUGGAGGCGGGUCAGGGAUCCGACCCCAGUCCGGUAUCAACAUCCCCAACAGCGGAGCAUACAGUUCGCAGGAGUCAGGCAGCAGCACGCCGGAGGAGAGCGGUGGAGACCGCGACAGAUCAGGUGCGGGACACGGGGGGCCCCGUUUGUUGAUCGGAUCGCUACCGGCUCACCUCUCGCCUCAUAUGUUCGGAGGCUUCAAAUGCCCUGUGUGCUCCAAGUUCGUCUCUUCAGACGAGAUGGACCUGCACCUGGUGAUGUGUCUGACCAAGCCCAGGGUCACCUACAAUGAGGACGUGCUCAGUAAGGAUGCUGGAGAGUGUGCAAUCUGUCUGGAGGACCUGCUGCAGGGGGACACCAUCGCCCGGCUGCCCUGCCUCUGCAUCUACCACAAAGGCUGCAUAGACGAGUGGUUCGAGGUGAACCGCUCGUGUCCAGAGCACCCCUCUGACUGAGGAGCACAGGUGAGCACAGGUCCGGUUCUUCCUGGUGUAGCACGAGUGCUCUGCUCCUGCAACAGACAGCAAUGUGAAUCCCUCUCCCCCUGGCCGACGGCCCCGCUGAGACUGCCGGGCACUGUGAUCACAGCCGUCUAACUGGCCGAGGUGGAGUCUGUCUCCACCCUCUACUCCUCUCUUCUGUAGCAAACUCUCUCUAUCCAUCUCUCUCUCUCUCUCUCUCUCUCUCACUCUUUCUCUCUCGUCACUGUAAGAACAACCUCCCACCUUCCUCUGUGCCAAAAAACUCUCUCGUAAUUUUUCAGGGAAACAAACACACAUACCUGUCUAUGCUGUUGGACUCCUGCUCUCUCUCUCUCUCUCUCUCUCCUUCUCUCUCUCGCUCUCUCUAUCCUUUCUGAUAUGACGUCAUAGAGCCUGGUCAAACUCUGAUCAGAUUGGGCAUCUUAUUGUCUCGCUCCCCAACGGAGUGACAUGAAACAUCUCUUCUGCACAGCAGUUGAUCUGAGAAAAGGAACCAACCAGUCCCCCAUCCACCGUGACCACCACCACCACCACCACUACAGAUCUGAUUUGGCUUUUGUUUUUGAAGUGCCACCCUCAGCCAGUCAGAGACGGGCCUCUCGCUGACCUCACCUCACGGACAGAGCCACUGUGACUGGCCGCUCCGCCUCUAUCUGAGACUUCUCCCGCCUGAUUGUACACCUGGACUGUCACUCAAGAGUGUGGUGUUGAUGGGAAAGGGGGUUAACAGAGGGGGUAUGGCAGCAGAGGGAAAGGAGUCUUCCUCUUCUUCCUCCUCCGCCUCCUCCGCGGUGACCCCAGCCGUGUCUGCCAGUGCCUUCAUGUCAUGUCCACAGGGCUUGAGCUGCUGCUGCUGCUGCUGUGGCUGACCUUUGACCCUUGACCUCUACCCUACGGGCUGGGGUAACGGGGGGUAACUGCUCUAGCGCUGGGGAGGCUGCAGCACAUGCUCGUGCCCAGCCUUGGAGUCAGCCUCUGUCCCACAAGUCCUCUGCGCGCAUGAUGUCAGAGGAGGCAGAGUCAUGGCUGAAUGUUAGCCGCCGCCCCCACAGCGCUCGCCCACCUAUCACAGCCCACUCUCUCUCUCUCUUUCUCUCUCUGUAUUUCCUUCCCUUUCUCUGACAUGUGAAGAUUAAUAAGUGCCCCAUCUUCACUUCCACAAAUGAGCUGACAAAAGACAGAUGGUGCCAUCGCUCACUCUCUCUCUCUCUCUCUCUCUCUCUCUCUCUCUCUCUCUCUCUCUUUCUCCCCUGUCCCCACUCCUCUCUUUCUUUUGCUCUCUUUCCAUAUCUGUUGGAUGGUAAAAUUGUAAUAUUGGCUUGCUCUCUCCCUCUCUUUCUCUCUCUCUCUCUCUCUCUUUCUCUCUCUCUUUCUCUCUCUCUGUCUCCGUCUGUCUCUCUGGCAGGCUUCUCUCUCUCCGGUCACUCUCCUCUCUGACAUGAUUACCAGGAGUUAUGCAAUCACCUAGCGUGUGUGCGUGUGUGUUUGUUUUUAUAUAUAUAGACAUAUAAUAUUAAUUAUACCUAUCUGUUAUACAAGUCGAGCUGAUUUGGGCCUUAAUUCAACAUAGAAUUAUUGAUUUAAUCUCAAUCUUUUGCGUUACAAGGGUCUUGUUCAUGCUGAGCUCCGUGUUAUUUUUGUCCAUUUUAUUGAAACACAAAGUCCUGUAGUGAAUCAAAGGGUACCAUACUCAAUCAAGAACCAAGCGGAGUGGUCACCCCAUCAAUUCAUAUACACGCUAGUCACCUGGAGCAAGUGCCAUUCAAAUGCAUUCAGAUUCAAAGCAAUGAUGAUGCAAUGAGCACCAGCCAAUUUUAUUCACUAUCAGCUGAUUUCAAAUGUUAAGGUGGGCAUUAGGAGUGCGCCUGUGCCGCAGUGUGGGGUCUGGGUAGCAGCUAAGGAGAGGUGGUGCUCACCAACAUGCACACACAGCGUGUGAGGCUCCUGAAUGUGGACGGUUCACUUGAGUGGGUCGCAGAGCGUGAUGGCCUCAGGUUGACCCUGGUUCAGUGACCACUGUGACGUCAUCCCAGCUGUGGUUAAACAAACUGGAGAUAAGACCGGCAGAGGACAGGGUUUUGCCGUUGGCUGCCUUUCUGCCUGAAGAUGUAAAGGACGUGUCAGAAUGUAGAUUUUGUUUUGGAAGAAAUGGUUAAAUCAAUAAACAAACAACUCAAUAAUUACAUUUAUGUCACAGUUCAGAUAGAACAUCUGUUUAUUAUAUGUUUAGCCCUGUGGGCAUUCCAGGACCUCUGAGUAAGUGGUAAACCCCCUAAUAUAGGAGGAAGAACUCAUAGGGUCCUUCUUUUAGGAGCUUUACGGUUUAGUCUGGGUUACAUUCAUUUAGCUGAUGUAUUUAGUGGGUCAGCUGAGUAACCUUGUCCAGGCCACUAAAUCUUGUGCUUGGGGAACGCCUCUGAACUACAGUACACCACCAGGAGUCAGUAUGGACGUUGGAAUAAACAUGUUCCUGCCCAGAGAAGGACAUGCUGUGUUACGGAAAAUCCCAGAGAGCCGCUGUUGAAGCCAUGGCUGGCCGAUGGGGUUUUCACAGUUUAGCUAAGAGCCCUCCCCGUCUGUAACAUAAACGAGACAAAUGGAACGGAAAGAAACCACUAAACCGAACCUCCCACACACUUUCCCUACGUGAUGUGAAUUUGUGACAGCAGGACCUAGUGUGUAUGGGUGGACUGUGUGUAUGUGUCAGCAGCAUGGCAUAGGUCAGCUCCCAGAGAAAGGGCACUUGCCUGCUGGCGGGGUCGGCCUGACAGCCCAGUGGCCAAGUGCAAAUGACGGUCAGCUCUUUUGGAGGUCUGAGUCAAGUUUUUGGUUGCAUGUAUAAAUCCCAACCGAAGGUGACAAAACAGUGCUACAGGUUUUCCUUCUGGAGGGCCACUGUAGCCCUCUGCCCCUACAGAGGCUCUAAACUAAAGCUUGUCUUCUGUGAUGUCAGGAGUCAGGACAGGUACACUGCCUUUACGCAAUUAGCCACAGGUAGAGACAUCACCGGUGACCUGUCUGUCAGUCUGUGCUCUCCCUACCAUGUGACCUAUCCUGUCCUACCAUGUGACCUAUCCUGACCUAUCCUGUCCUACCAUGUGACCUAUCUUGUCCUACCAUGUGACCUAUCCUGUCCUACCAUGUGACCUAUCCUGUCCUACCAUGUGACCUAUCCUGUCCUACCAUGUGAUCUAUCAUGUCUUUACCAUGUGACCUAUCCUGUCCUACCAUGUGACCUAUCCUGUCCUACCAUGUGACCUAUCUUGUCCUACCAUGUCCCCUAUCCUGUCCUAACAAUUGUCUAGAUUUUUUUCUGACAACAGAAACCACAUAUUGGAUCUUUGAAUACAAUGGAGUUGAGUUGAACUGUCAAUAGAAUGUACAUGUGUCCUCUUCCAUGUUUUCACACAAACUAAAGCUGUGUCAUAUGUAAUGUCAGCUUUCAGUCCUGAAUUUUCAAUGUCUCCCAUGUUGUGUGUCUGUGCAUAAGAGGCCAUGUCUACUUUGAUUAUUUUUCAUCAAUGUUUUGAAUAUGAUUUAAUGCAGCCCCUUCUCCUGCAAUUUAAUCAUAGGCAAAAAGGGCUUGUGCAUUUCCUCCAAAAGGGUGCGAGAGCUUUCUGAAGAUUCGCUGCUAACUUCGGUAGAAAUGAUCCCUCUCCAACCGUUUCAUUAAAGGGCAAAUUAUGAGUGGUCCAACCAGCUACUGAGGAAAUCCAACAAGAGCUUUGAAUAGAAUGUGACACUCACAAUCAACCUGUGCUUAUAAUAAGAGGCAUGUUGUCAUUUGAUUGUUUUUCUUGAGAUUGUUAUCGAGUGUGUAUGUUUCUGGCUAGUAAUGCUGAUGUGGUUUAUUGCUGAUAAUCAGCUGAUCAAGUGGCUACUGCUGACGGGUGUAACCAACAGCCAAUUCAGCCUAGGCAAAGUGUUUUACAGCCCUUAGAUAUUAAUAAUUAAUAGAAAAUAAACAUUUUAGUGCCAUAAUAUAGCAGCUAUAACAGCUGCAUAUAGGUUUCUCUAUGGAGAGAUGAGCCAGAGAGCUGUGCAGAAAGAAGCACAAUCAGAGAUCUCCUGCAAUGAAUGUUCUCUUUUGUCACUUUUGAGACCCCCUGGUGCUCAAUUAGGCCCAGAUUUACCAAAUAUGUGUGCCAAGUUUGAGGAGGAGUAACCAUUUCUGUCCAUUUGUUUGUCUUAAAUCUCACACUGUUGCUCCUUCAGACAUAUUAAUAUAAAUUCGAAUGGGCUUAAAGAGUAGGCUCAGUAGGCUACUCGCAUGUAAAUCCUAUUCACAAGUUUUAACUAACUUAUCUUAAAGCUAUUCUACAGGGAUACCCACUUCAAGUGGCAUCAGAUUAAAUGAUUCACAAAUUGCCAGUUUGGCCAGGGCUGUGAAGGCUCUUCUCCCUAUAGCAUCUUCUCUGAGGCCCGUGAUAUUAACAAAACACAGCCCCCCCCCCCAUCCCACACAAUGCUCUCAUCCCCCUCCCCCAACCUCCCCUGUAACCCCAUUCCAUCCCAUCCCAUCCCAUCCCAUGACCAGCAUACCCUAAUGGCCUUUUGAAGCUCAGUUUAGAUGAGAGCACCUUUGUGCUAGACGUGAACUGAAUAUGUGACUAGAGUCAAAUUAAACCUUGCUUUUGUGUGCGUGUGUGUUUAUGACUGUUCCAUGUGUAUGUUUAUGCUCCCGCGGUUUGUCUGUGGAAGACUGUGCUGGAUCUGAGCCCAAUUCAAUCCAGUAGGAUUGAUGACUAUCUACCAGUCUACCUGUUCAGUGCAGUUAUCAUUGCAAUUCCCCACAUAACUUCAGGUGUGACGAUACUUGAUGUGGUCAAGCUUGUGAGACUGGAGCCAGGCCUAGCAGCGUUUCAGGUUAUGUUCAGGUGCGUUUGAAUCAUGCAGUGACUCUUGGGUGUUAAGAGUGUGGUUUGUAAUGUAAGAGAGAUGGAUAUUAUUAAGUUUCUACUGGAUGCACAUACCCACCCCAAGGUACUCCAGAGACAUGCCAAGAUUAUCAUGGUUUUUCUGUUUGUUUGUUGGUUGGUUUGUUUGUUUGUUUGUUUUUUAAUAUUCAGAUUUUUUGUCAUAACAUUCCAUUCGUGUAUAAAAUUAUGUACAGAUAUAUGAAAUUAAAAGAGCAAAAUCUUUUGAAGCACAA